UGUUUUCACAACAUAACUACGUCCAAUUGCCUGACUACAGCUGUUAAUUGCAUUUACAACAAAGUGGCGACCCGUCAAAACCCGUACGUGACAAAAUUCGUUCGACAUUCGUCGGUCGUGCCGCUUGACAAGUGGAAGUUGGUUUUUGUUGUUGUCGCUCGAAAGAGAAUUUGUCCGUUUGUCGCGCGAUAUUCCGUAGCUCUCAGGAUUUCAAACUCAGCGCCGUGUUCGUUUCUAAAUAAAAAUGGAUUAAGGGCUGGCUGGAAGUAGUUGUUCUAAAUUGAUAAGUGUACGCGGAGCGGUUACAAGUGUCACUGGAAGAAUUUCUCGAGAGUGCAGUCACUUUCCGUCCGGUUCCAAGGAGUCUGUACGUCCAAGGACUCGUCAAGGAGAUCGCGGGUUCCUCGCACUGAAUUCAGUAGAAAGAAUGUCAUCGCCUGAUGUGCAACCAUCCACUUCUACCGCGGAAUUAAAAUCACCAACAAUUCAUGUCAUCCGUGAGGUGUACGACAGCGGCAAUGCCCACGAGACGUUCGAGGCGGAGCUGGAAAAGGCCCUCGAAGCCAAAGUCAAUUACAUAAUAAUCGAGCCAACAGUUCUGGGCGACGAGACCGGACGCUGGAUCACCGUGGGCAAUUGUCUGCACAAGACGGCUGUGCUGUCGGGAAUCUCAUCUAUUGUUUCUGGACUCAUUUGGCAGGAUCGUCCGCUGUUUAGCGCCCCCCUUUGCGCCAUCUCCAUCUUCUGCACGGGCUUGUAUACCGUGUCAUGGAACUACGACCCGUGUUGUCAGUAUCAGGUUGAACGCGAUCCUAAAAAAUUGGCGAACGUACCAAAUUUGCACGAGUUCUCGUCACCACUAGUUUUAGCAUAUUCAGAUAACACAAGAACCAAAUACUUCCACAGGGGUAUUACAUUAUUGUCUGCAGCGUUUUGUGCUUGGCAACUUUAUAAAGCCUACAAAUAGCUCAAAAUUAAGCCACAAAAAUGUGUCCCCUUCAAUUGUAUAUUUUGUUGGCAUGUAAGAUGAAAAAUUGUGAAAAAGAAACAAAAUUUUUAAAACAACUCUACAACAUAUAUCCAUGCAUAGAUGCAAAGUGUUAGAAACCUGAAAAAUAGUGGUGUUAAUUUUUUUUCUUUGGAUUCGUUUAGAAAGUAGCUUAAAAACACAAAAAACAUAAAAUAUUUAAGGCAACUUGUUAAUAUGGAAAACAAAAAUAUAUUUUUUGACUAUAGCAAAAAAAUACAAUCGUACUUUAUGUUGUAUUAUGAACAAAAAGAGGAACAAUAAUACACAAAACUUAAUGAACGGAGAACAGGAAAAGAGUGAUUUAGUUGUCUAGGAAAUUCUAUGAGAUUUUUGGGAUGUAAACUUGUCGGAAAAGGGCAUUUCAUCAGUUGAACUACUGCUUACAAGAAUAGAUUUUGCUUCCUUACGAUAAUUGAAGGCAUACAAUCAUGGUCAGCCGAGGUAGCAGCGUCGAUAUUUUCUACAACGGCCGCUGCAAUCUCUAGAAAUGAAUAAAUGGGUCUGAUACCAUCCUUUCACAAAAAGAAGUCUUCUAGCCUUAAGUAGAAGUUACGAGAGUAGCUUAAGUGAACACUUGAUAACACCCAUACACCAUCUAAAUAGCAAUAACAUCUUAUGGUAGACUGUACUUUUAAUUUUACGUUUUUAUCUCUUUUUUUAUUUGAUUGUUGUGUUCUAAAUUAAAUGCUUUGUCUUAGUAUUCUUUUACCGAAUAGUUUUGGGGCUGUGUUUGGAAGAGUAAAAAGUAAAUAAAAUCAUCUAGCAAGAAAA